AUGAAAUUCUUGCUUUUGAUCCCUUCUCUCGUUAUGAGCCAAGAUCUCGAAGAAAAUGAUGAGGACUUGGAUUUAUUCCGAAAUGGGAUCUUUCAAGACGGCCCUGGAGGAACAAGAAAAAUCGGAAAAUACUUCCCAGCAGAAGCUCUUGAAGAUGAACCAACCGGUCUUAGAUGCUGGAAAUGUGACCACAAAUCUGUCGCUGCCUGCCAAGCACAAGGAUCGCUAGAAACAUGCGAAUCAAACGAAGACUCCUGCCAGCUAGAAAUCCGAACACGAAAAUCGAAUAUCACCAAGAUCAAAACUGGCUGCAAGCAGAAAAAGGCCUGUCAAAGAAAUCAAGCAAAUAACUUUUUCGAGCAGAGUUUUUGGUACAACAAGGAUAAGACUCAAUGUCGACCGGAGACGAAUCGCGGAUAUACUGUUUCUGUCUGUAGGCAAUGCUGCUGGACUGACAACUGCGUGAAUCAGGGGUCUGGAUUUUGGCCAAAAAUGAAAAGCGAAAGCGAAGCGAAAGCGAAAAAUUUUCAAAAAUUUUAA